UGUCUGUGGUACAUUCAGUGUCGCGACGGCCGCUCUCGAGGUAAGGUACGUUGUUGCCGCGUCGUGUGUGUAAACUUGCGUUGCAUCGCGUCGCAUCGGCACAUCCUCUCUUCUCGCUGUGCGUGUGUUCGUGAUCCUGCUGCUCGUACCGCGCUUUCCAGCCACGCGGUUUCCGGCACGCGUUUCCGUUGUUCGCGUCGGCGGCGGAAGUGCGCGUGUCACCCGAAAGGUGAGUUCUUUCGUUUCGCGCAGACUCCGUGCUCCGAAGCGCGCGCGCUUUCAUCUCGCGCAGCGGCCUGGACCCUGAUCGCUGGACCCGGCUAGCCUUUCGUUCUCGCUUCGAAGGACCUCUUUGCGGAUAAUGACAAAAGUCGAAUGGAAUUCGCGAACGCGCCUCUGACGGUUUUAUUUGACUGCGUUCGCCGACAGAUCGAAUCGAAAUAAAUUGGCGGUACGACAAACCGGUUCGCGCAUCGCGUGAGUGCGCCACGGCGUGCGCACACGGUCGCCGUGUGUACGUGAAAGAGGGCUGGGGGGUAAACCUUAUCUUUUUCGGGGAAAAAUUGUGAACAGUCCCGGCCGUUCCCGUGCCGGGAAGAAAUGUAUCGCCAGAUGUUUUUCACGUGCCAAGUGCAGUACCUCAACGACGUCGAUCCGUUCAGUUAUCCAACCCUCUAUCCGGAUAUUAACCCUCCCGAUCAUACCUUCAGCGUGACCUUGCCGCUAAUCAAUCAGCUUGCCGCUGUGCAUCGACUUCUUCGGGCACCUCACAGGCUCGAUGACACGGCGCUCCAGCUGUACAAGGGCGGCGAUUAUGGCGCUUACCUGGACCUCGAGGCUUCCAUCAACGAGCAGCAGGAAGAGUUUGAGGGCUUUCAUGAAGGCGAAAGCCGGAAGAACGCGAUCAUUCUCAGGACCCAGCUGUCCGUGAGGGUUCACACCAUCAUAGAAAAAUUGCUGAACAGCGAGGGCCGCGAGCUGCGACGGGCUCUCUUCUCCCUCAAGCAGAUUUUUCAGGAGGACAAGGAUCUGGUGCACGAGUUUGUGCAAAAUGACGGACUUGCCUGCCUGAUCAAAGUCAGCAGCGAAGCCGAUCAGAAUUACCAAAAUUACAUUUUACGAGCACUCGGCCAGGUGAUGCUGUACGUCGACGGCAUGAACGGAGUGAUGGAACAUGGGCAGACCGUGGAAUGGUUGUAUACGUUAAUUGCUAGUCGUUUUCGGCUGGUGGUGAAGACGGCGUUGAAACUACUGCUCGUGUUUGUGGAAUACGUGGAAACAAACAGUCUGCUGUUGGUCAGGGCUGUAAGGGCGGUCGAUCUGGCUAGGGGCGUGGUACCGUGGAUUAACGUUAUGAAACUCCUGAAGGAUUAUGAUGCCGCCGACACGGAGUUGCUUAUAUACGCAACGACUUUGAUCAACAAGUGUUUGAACGGUAUUCCCGAUCAAGAUACAUACUACGAUCAAGUGGACUGCCUCGAGGAACAGGGUAUGGAGGGCGUCGUUCAGAGGUACAUGUCGAAACAGGGUACAGAUCUCGACUUGCUUAGACAGUUUCAAAUCUACGAAGCGGUGCUGCAUCACGAAGAUGGCGACCGGGGUUCGCCUAUACGCCAAUUGGAUGACAAUAUAAGGAAAACUUUACGAAACCGGAAGUCUCUAGUGGAUUCUCACGAACGACGAAAGUCUCGAAGGCAUUCGACGGGUAAUUCACCUCUAUCGAUGUCUUUGAAUGCACGACUGAGUCCACGGUUAAAUCAUUCUCUAGGUGUGAGCACACUGAAUAAUACCUUAAACUCAAACCUGCCAGAUGAUGAUGAUGAAUCAAGUAGUUCUCAAAGUUCGCAGAGUCAUCUGGGCGAAGUUCAACUCAACGGCAGUUACAAAGAGAAUAAAGUAGAUGUUGGUGUUACUCCAGCGUUGAGACGACGAAGAGAACGCGCGGAAAGACAGAGGAGCUUCAUUAGAGAGCAACAAGAGGUUACUGCAAAUUUGAGAGCUUCGCUUGGUCAUACUGAUGAUCAGGAAAGUCAAUUCGCAACAAAUAGUCUGCGAUAUACAAACGGUACCUCUUAUGAGAGGAACGCUGAUUCUCCUUCGAACAAGUUGUCCAGAACGAACAGCAGAAAAGACUUGACGCCCUUGAUGAAUGCCGCGAACAAGCUCGACUCGGAGGAGAAGAAGCCAUGGUACGGCAAAAGUCCCAACGAAGGUGUCGAGUACAACGAGAGUAAUCACGCCGACGAAGACGAGGAUCGUCGAGUGGUUCUACAGCUUAAGAGAGAAGGAACCGUCAAGGAUCUCACUCAGAAGUUGGCAGCACAAAAUCUUAUACCUAGCAGCCCUGUGGAGGAGAAAGUUUCCAGGAUAGGAGAUAUGAGUGGGCUGAUCUCAAAAGCAAAGGAAGGUCUAGCGAAGUCGAAGUCAAAGGCGGAUGUACUGAAGUCGCCAACUGGUGAUAAUUUGCCCAAGUUGCAGGAAACUAAGAAGUCUGAAAAUGAGCUACACUGGGAGGAAUUGGUAAAGAAAUUGAAGAGACCACUGGCGCUUUGCGACUUGGACUUCACUGAUCUGAAUUCCGAGGAUGAGAUCGACGUGUUAGGAUCUGUUAACGUGACGAAUGGAGUGCCACCUCCACCACCACCGAUGGCACCAUCAAAUGGAGACGCUUUAGCACCUCCGCCACCGCCACUGGGAGCGAGAUUGCCGCCACCUCUUCCUCAGGGUCCGCCGCCGCCAUUUGGUGUCAGCUUGAAGAUGAUGAGGCCACUGCCAUUAGCUAAUGAGACCAGCAACACGCCGAAGAGCCCGCCAUCAUUGCUUGCGAAGAAAAGUAAGAAGACGGUGAAGCUGUUCUGGAAGGAAGUACGGGAUGAUCCCAACAUUCUUGCACGGCUCGAUAAACACAAGAUGAUCUGGGACGAACUGAUGCCCGUGGCCGUUGACACACAGAAGCUCGAACAUCUUUUCGAAAGUCGUGCUAAGGAUCUCAUCACCAAGGAGAAGCAGCAGGAGAUGAACAAGAACAAAGAGAUUAUCGUAUUAAAUCAUAAAAGAUCGAAUGCUAUCAAUAUUGGUAUGACGAAACUGCCGCCGCCAAGAUCUAUUAAAACUGCGAUUUUAAAAAUGGAUGCUACCAUUAUGAAUAGAGAGGGUAUUGAGAAACUUUUGACAAUGCUACCGACUAAAGAAGAAAAGUCCAGGAUACAAGAGGCGCAGGCCGCCAAUCCUGACCUUCCUUUAGGAUCGGCCGAACAGUUCCUACUGACUUUGACCUCCAUCUCGGAAUUGCCAGCAAGAUUAAAACUGUGGGCAUUCAAGCUAGACUUCGAAAACUCCGAAAAAGAAAUCGCGGAUCCUUUAAUGGAUUUGAAGCAGGGCAUGGAAACCUUGCGAGUGAAUAAAACAUUUCGCGGGAUUCUAAGCACACUUCUUUCGAUUGGGAUAUUUCUUAACGGAAAUGAGGUGAAGGGCUUUCAACUAGAAUAUCUCGUCAAAGUACCUGAAGUGAAGGAUACGGUUCACAAGCACUCGCUGCUUCAUCAUCUUUGCCACAUGGUGAUGGAGAAGUUUCCGGAUUCUACGGACCUCUAUUCCGAGAUUGGUGCGGUAACGAGAGCCUCGAAAAUCGAUUUUGACGAGUUGGCGGCGAACAUCGCGAAACUCGAGAGCGAGUGCAAAGCGUCUUGGGACCAUCUCAAGCUCAUUGCGAAGCACGAUGGUUCUACGAUGAUGAAGGUCAAGAUGUCUGAUUUUCUUGCCGAUUGUGCUGAAAGGAUAAUCGUCUUGGGUAUCGUGCAUAGACGUAUCAUAAAUCGUUUCCGCAAAUUUAUUCUGUGGCUUGGUAUACCAUUGCAUAGAGUACAAGAUACAAAGCCAAACGAGUUUUGUAGGAUUGUAUCUGAAUUUGCUCUCGAGUACAGGACCACUAGGGAACGAGUGAUACAGCAGCUCGAGAAGAAAGCCAAUCACAGAGAACGCAAUAAGACUAGAGGGAAAAUGAUAACGGAGGUCGGCAAGUUUCGUACAAAGGAGGAUCGAGCGGACGCAGAACUCAGACAACUACUUGGCAGUGACAUUUCAGACGUCGAGAGUAUUCACGGCACUUUACCAUGGAGAAGACAGAAGAAAGACGGUCGUAUAAUUCCACUAGGCCCGGUACUCAGGGACGAAAGCACUAAUGGUAACUUGGCUGAUGGCGUUGACGAAUUAUUGGAAUCUCUGGUAAAAACUGCGACAAAAACGCCAGCCACCAGAACCACGCCACGCGAACGCAAAAGGACCAGACACGCCGAUCGUAAGUCUUUGCGUAGAACCUUAAAGAACGGUCUCUCGGAAGAAGAGAAGAAACACAUCGCCGCCUACAUCAAGGGCUACUGACUGUGAUAAUACUCGAAGGCCACGACAUGCUCUCACGAAACGAGACGAAGAAAGAGCGGGACGUUGAUAUUGCGAAGGGGCGAAACGGUGAAAGUUUGAUGAAAACAUUACGAUCUCCGUCGUAGAUCUUCGACUAUAGGAUCCUGUCCUUCCUUAUCGUCAGGACGCUCCAAGAUUGGACAUCAUCCACAAUGAACGAAAUAUUCGAUAUUCGUAUGGAGCACUUCGUGUGCAACACUGUUCGACUUGCUGAGACAGAAUAAUAAGCAUGUGCAAAAAAAAAAACUAUAAUUUUGUCGCGAAUUAGACAAGUUAAUCAGUGAUUUAGGUUUAAGCGAAUGAUCAAGUGAACUAAUGUUUCUCAACAUUGUUCGUAUACGAGAAAGAAUAUCUCGCAUGCAUAUUAGUAAGUUAAUUAUAUAGCAAUUUUCUUAUAGAGAUAUUUUUUUGUUAUGUAGAUUCUUAUGAAAACAUUUAUUUGUUUUACAAAAUUUUCUUUAUUUUGUGUAGAAAUUUCUGAAAGUUUCAAGGCGACGCGAUCACGUAGGACUUUACGUUUUUUGUCCCUUUGAAAAUUAUUAUGCACGUUGUCUAUGUACUUUUCAAAAGAUUUAAUCACGGACGACAGGGUCGACUCAACAAUCAUAUGUAAUAGCACGUGCCUCGAUGAAUUUUUACAAUCGAUUGAUUUUCAAGACCGCCCGCCCCGACGAAUCGACUUUUGCUCGCGUCGAUCCAUUUACAAUGAAGAAACAGGCAUUUUGCAUAGAAAUAAUUAUAUAUUCUAGAACGAUACCUGUUGAAUAACAAACAUAUUGAUAUAUACCGGACGGAAUAAAUCUGCCUUAAUUAUGUAAUCGUUUUAUUAUUGCGUUUCGUAGAAACGCAUAAUCGCAAUCAUUGUAACUUUCUGUAGAAAUGAUUCUUUAAAUAAAAAGAAAAACAAUUACAAAAACA